GAGACGGAUACAGAAAUGGCAGCAGCUCCAGGGUACCACAUUCCACAGCCCGGAUAUCCCACCGCAUCUCCCCCAUACCCCGUACACCAACCUCACCCCGUCCCCACGGCGCCGAGCCCCGGGUUCAACGUCUACCCAGCCGGCAGCCCCGCAGCGGGUCAAAUAAUCCCUCCCCAGCCGCCUCCUCGUGCCUUUCGGGAUCACUCCGCUACGCCUCACCACCACCAAGCUCCGGACCCCCACGCGGGCAUCACCCCCUACCUGCCCGUGGCCAGCAACAUCCCCCCCGGCCUCGAAUACCUGGCACAGGUUGACCAAAUUUUGAUACACCAGAAAGUGGAGCUUGUGGAAGCGUUCAUAGGCUUUGAGGGAAACAACAAGUAUGAAGUGCGCAACAGCCUGGGCCAGCACAUCUUCCACGCCCAGGAGCAGAACGACUGCUGCACGCGAAACUGUUGCGGAUCCCUGCGGCGCUUUUCCAUGCGGCUGGACGACCCGGCGGGACGGGAGGUCCUGCGCAUGGUGCGCCCCCUGAAAUGCGUCAGCUGCUGGUUCCCUUGUUGCCUUCAGGAGCUGGAAGUUCAGUGCCCGCCAGGCACCACCAUCGGGUACGUGGUUCAGACUUGGCACCCCUUCAACCCCAAGUUCUCCAUCCAGAAUGUCGAGAAGGAGACGGUGCUUCGCGUUCUGGGUCCUUGCUUCGCCUGCAGCUGCGGCGGGGACGUCAACUUUGAGGUGAAGACGCGCGACGAAUCGCGAGGCGUUGGGCGGAUCAGCAAGCAGUGGAGUGGCCUCCUCAAGGAGGUCUUCACCGACACAGACAACUUUGGGAUCCAGUUCCCCAUGGACCUCGAUGUCAAGAUCAAGGCGGUGCUUCUAGGAGCGUGCUUCCUCAUUGAUUUCAUGUUUUUUGAAAAGACGGGGGAAGUCGGACAGAGGAGUUCGGUCAUCACAAGCUAGAACCUUCUCAAAGCUGGGAUUUCCUCUUUUCUCGAUGGAUGCUUUCCCAGUUCUGACAUGACAGUGGGGGAGCGGUGUGUGUGCGUGU